CGUGGCAUGGAUUGAAUCCCAAGAACCCGCCAUCAGCGAAAACUUGAAAAAGCCUUUGGUCUUUCUUCUUCUUCUUCUGUUCGUUCUUUUCUUCCUCCUUUCAUUUCUUCCUCUCCGUGCUCCUUCUUUACAUUCUUUCACAUCUAAACCCUUCAAUCCCAACUUUCUUUUACACAACUCACAUUCACCUCACGAAACCCGAGUCAUGUAUGGCGGUGACGAAGCAUCAGCCAUAGUAAUAGACCUGGGUUCGCAUACAUGCAAAGCUGGUUACGCUGGCGAAGAGGCUCCCAAGGCCGUUUUCCCCACUGUUGUUGGUGUAAUUGAUCAAAUGGACAUUGAUGGACCUGUUCAUGCUGGCGUGUCCUCUGGAUCUGCUGUGGAUUUGCAAAACAAUAAUAAAAAUCAUGAAUCUGACAGAACCAAAGAAAAACGCAAACUUUAUGUAGGAUCACAGUCCCUGGGAUACCGUCGAGACUAUAUGGAGCUGCUCUCACCAUUGAGGAAUGGAGUUAUUGUUGACUGGAAUAUUGUUGACAACAUAUGGGAUCAUGCUUUGAGGGAAUGCCUCCGGGUUGAUCCUAAAGAGCGUCCAAUGCUACUUGCCGAACAAUGUUCCAGCACUCAAGAAGAGAGAGAAAGGGCAGCAGAACUUAUGUUUGAAAAAUAUAAAGUACCAGCAUUGUUUUUGGCGAAGAAUGCGGUUCUCACAUCUUUUGCAUCAGGACGUGCUACCUCAUUAGUUGUUGAUAGUGGUGGUGGAUUAACUACAGUUGUACCAGUACUGGAUGGUUAUGUUCUUCAAAAGGCUGUGAUAACUUCUAUUAUAGGAGGACAAUUUCUGACAGAAUCCUUCACGAAAAGUUUGGAGGCCAAAGGUAUCACACCAAGACCUCAAUAUUCAUUCAAGAAGAAGGAGAUAAGCCCUGGGAAUAUUCAGAUUGUAGACCUUGAUUUUCCACGUACAUCAAAAGGCUACAAACUCUACUGCCAGAGGGUUAUUGUUGAAAAAAUCAAGGAAUGUGUUUGCCGAACACCAGAUUCUCCAUAUGAUGAGAGUGCGUAUUCUAAUCUUCCUAUGACCACAUACGAGCUUCCUGAUGGCCAGAUUAUUGAAGUCGGAUCUGACAGAUUCAAGAUUCCUGAUAUUCUUUUCAAUCCAUCUCUUGUUCUGACAAUCCCUGGCAUGGAGGGUCUUGCAAACAUUGUUCCUAAACUUCGCAGUCUUCCUAAAAUGAUCAUAGAGAGCAUUAAUAAGUGUGAUGUGAACAUUCGUAGAGAACUAUUUAGUACCAUACUGGUAACCUUCAUAUUGAUUUGGUGCUUGCCCGUUCCACCUCUUUCUGAGUUUAAGGGUACUUGGACAUAUGUGAAACUAAUUUUGUAUAUCUCACAGCUUACUGGUGGUACAGCUUCAAUGCAUCAACUGAAGGAACGCAUUGAGAAAGACUUGCUAGAGGAGUCCCCUCCAGCUGCUAGAGUUAAAGUAUUUGCCUGUGGCAAUGCUACUGAAAGAAGGUUCAGUGUUUGGAUAGGGGGGAGCAUAUUGGCUUCUGUUGGCUCCUUCCAGCAGAUGUGGUUCUCCAAGUCUGAGUAUGAAGAGCAAGGUGCUUCUUAUAUCCAUAAAAAAUGCCCUUGAGUUUCUAACGGGUGUGAAUACGUGUUAAUUACUUUCCUUCGAGAUCCCGGCAAUUUCAGGAAGUCCAAUGUUGAUUCUAAACUAGUGGCUUGUCCUCAAGGAAUUGUUUCAAAUUCACUCUACAGUACUAAACUAGGCUGAUAUCAGUACACGUGUAAUGACUACGCUAUUGAUGUUUUACUUGUUGAUGUCAACACAGUGGUAUUCGUAGCAUUACUUGUCAUGCACCUUAACAAAGCCAAAAUGUUGUACCAUACUUUUUUGGAGGUAAAUGUAAAUGUAACAAAGUUACAACGUGAAAAAACGUGUAUUAAUGUCUGUAUAAAAAAGUAACGGUUAUAAUAAAAAAA